AUCUGCUAUUUCACUCUCUCAGAGGCAGAUGAGAGAAGAAAAUGGAGAAAAAUGGUACCUUCCCACACAAGGCAGCACCUGUCCUCUUCAUAGAUCCCCCAAAACCCUAGAAGCUCCAUGCCAUUAAAGAUGCAAAUCCUUAAAUACCCCUCCACUCCCACUGUAUCAGCACCUAUCUCUCAAUUCCCAUAAAUUCCUUCCCAAGGAACUUAAAACCCAAACCAUUAAUUAAGUAGAAAAGAACCUCCAAAAAACUCCCCCAUUAAUCCAUCUCUAUCUCUCUCUCUAUUUCUCACACUAUCUCUUAGAUUCUAUUCUUGUUUCAUCAAAGUUCUAAUUGAAGCUUGCAACUCUAUAUGCUUCCAAUAAAGCGAGCUUGUGAAGGAGUGGUUGUACAAGAAGACAUUGAAAACAAUAACGACAACGGCAACAACACCAACGAGAGUAAGAGCGAGGGCGCAUCCGUUUUCAAGAAGAUUCUGCUCGCGGAAGCUACCGAUUCGACGGUGAAGAUCACUAGCGAAGUCGUUUGUGGUGAGAACAACAGCAACAACCACGGUAGCGAUAGCUUAGUUAAGGGAAAAGAAAAGGAGGAGGCUUCGAUCAUGGCUAUGGGCGAUGCCAACACGACGGGCAUCGACGAGGAUCUGCACAGCCGGCAGCUCGCGGUGUAUGGCCGUGAGACCAUGCGGCGGCUUUUCGCAUCGAACAUCCUCAUCUCCGGGAUGCAGGGUCUUGGUGCCGAGAUUGCAAAGAACCUCAUUCUUGCUGGUGUCAAGUCUGUGACCUUGCAUGAUGAGGGGGCAGUGGAGUUUUGGGAUUUGUCCAGUAAUUUCAUUUUUACAGAAAAUGAUGUUGGUAAGAACAGGGCACUUGCUUCUGUACGAAAGUUGCAAGAGCUCAACAAUGCUGUGGUUGUUCGUACCUCAACAAAAAAAUUAACAAAAGAACAACUUUCUGAUUUCCAGGCUGUUGUCUUUACUGAUAUCAGUUUUGAGAAAGCUAUCGAGUUUAACUAUUACUGUCAUAAUCAUCAGCCUUCUAUUGCAUUCAUCAAAACCGAAGUGAGAGGCCUUUUUGGUUCUGUGUUUUGUGACUUUGGACCUGAGUUUACUGUUGUUGACAUUGAUGGAGAGGAACUGCAUACAGGUAUAAUUGCAUCGAUUAGCAAUGACAGUCCUGCCCUAGUAUCCUGUGUCGAUGAUGAGAGGCUUGAGUUUCAGGAUGGGGAUCUUGUCGUGUUCUCUGAAGUUCAUGGAAUGUCAGAAUUGAAUGACGGGAAACCAAGGAAGAUUAGAAAUGCAAGGGCUUAUUCAUUCACUCUUGAGGAUGAUACUACAAAUUAUGGAACCUAUGUGAAAGGUGGUAUUGUCACACAGGUGAAGCAGCCCAAGGUGUUGAACUUUAAGCCAUUGAGAGAAGCGCUAACCGAGCCUGGUGAUUUUCUUCUUAGUGAUUUCUCCAAGUUUGAUCGCCCACCUCUCUUGCACUUGGCAUUCCUGGCGCUGGAUAAGUUUGUCUCUGAGUUGGGACGUUUCCCUGUUGCUGGUUCAGAAGAGGAUGCUCAGAAGCUUAUAUCUAUUGCCACUGACAUUAAUGUGAGCUUGGGGAAUGGAAGACAGGAAGAUAUUAAUCCAAAACUGCUCAGGCACUUUGCCUUUGGUGCAAAGGCUGUACUGAAUCCCAUGGCUGCAAUGUUUGGUGGUAUUGUGGGACAAGAGGUUGUGAAAGCAUGCUCUGGGAAGUUCCAUCCACUUUUUCAGUUCUUCUACUUUGACUCGGUGGAGUCACUUCCUUCAGAGCCACUGGAUUCAAGUGAUUUCAGGCCGUUAAAUAGUCGUUAUGAUGCACAGAUUUCGGUCUUUGGGUCUAAGCUUCAGAAGAAACUGGAGGACACAAAAGUGUUUAUUGUUGGAUCUGGUGCACUAGGCUGUGAGUUCUUGAAGAAUAUAGCCUUGAUGGGAGUUUCGUGUGGCAGUCAGGGGAAUCUUACAAUUACCGAUGAUGAUGUAAUUGAGAAGAGUAACCUCAGUAGGCAGUUCCUCUUCCGUGAUUGGAACAUUGGUCAGGCCAAAUCCACUGUUGCUGCUGCUGCUGCCGCUUCAAUAAAUCCUCAUCUGAAAAUUGAAGCAUUGCAGAAUCGAAUUGGCCCUGACACUGAGAAUGUAUUUGAUGAUACCUUCUGGGAGAAUUUGAGUGUUGUUAUUAAUGCUCUGGACAAUGUGAAUGCCAGACUGUACGUUGAUCAGAGAUGCUUAUAUUUCCAGAAGCCACUUCUUGAGUCAGGAACUCUUGGUGCCAAAUGCAACACCCAGAUGGUCAUUCCUCACCUUACGGAAAACUAUGGUGCCUCAAGAGACCCACCUGAGAAACAAGCGCCUAUGUGCACUUUACACUCAUUUCCGCACAACAUUGACCACUGCUUGACAUGGGCUCGAUCUGAGUUCGAGGGUUUGCUUGAGAAAACACCAGCAGAAGUGAAUGCAUAUUUAUCCAAUCCAAGUGAGUAUAGUACUGCAAUGACGAAUGCAGGUGAUGCUCAGGCCAGGGAUAACUUGGAGCGUGUACUGGAUUGCCUUGACAAAGAACGAUGUGAGACAUUCCAAGACUGCAUUACUUGGGCUCGUUUAAAGUUUGAAGAUUAUUUUACCAACCGUGUAAAGCAGUUGAUUUAUACUUUCCCCGAGGAUGCAGCAACCAGUACUGGGGCUCCAUUCUGGUCAGCCCCUAAGCGAUUCCCUCAGCCGCUGCAGUUCUCAACUGCUGAUGUCAGUCACCUACAUUUUGUCAUGGCAGGAUCCAUUCUGCGGGCAGAGACAUUUGGUAUCCCAAUUCCUGACUGGGUGAAGAACCCUAAGAAGUUGGCUGAAGUUGUUGAUAAACUGAUGGUCCCAGAAUUUCAGCCCAAGAAAGAUGUGAGAAUUGUAACAGAUGAGAAAGCUACCAGUAUGUCUACCAGUUCUAUAGACGAUUCAGCUGUCAUUGCUGAACUAAUAUCAAAGUUAGAGCAGUGCCAAGAGAACCUGACACCAGGGUUUAGGAUGAGACCUAUUCAGUUUGAGAAAGAUGAUGACACAAACUUCCAUAUGGACCUGAUUGCCGGCCUCGCCAACAUGAGGGCACGGAAUUACAGCAUCCCUGAAGUUGACAAGCUGAAAGCAAAGUUUAUUGCUGGUAGGAUCAUUCCUGCAAUUGCAACGUCCACAACAAUGGCCACAGGUCUUGUCUGCCUGGAGCUUUACAAGGUUUUGGAUGGAGGGCACGGAGUGGAGGAUUAUCGUAACACGUUUGCCAACCUUGCACUGCCUUUAUUCUCCAUAGCUGAGCCAGUUCCACCCAAGGUCAUCAAGCAUGAGAACAUGAGUUGGACUGUUUGGGACAGGUGGAUACUGAAAGGCAACCCAACUCUGAGGGAACUCAUCCAAUGGCUUAAGGAGAAGAGGCUGAAUGCCUAUAGCAUAUCAUACGGAAGUUGCCUGCUUUAUAACAGUAUGUUCCCUCGGCACAAAGAGCGAAUGGAUAAGAAAGUGGUGAAUCUGGCCAGGGAAGUGGCCAAAGUAGACCUACCUCCAUACCGUCACCACUUAGAUGUCGUUGUGGCCUGCGAAGAUGACGAGGACAAUGACGUUGAUAUCCCUCAAGUAUCCAUUUACUUCGGUUAGAUGGUGGUUUCCAAUAAGCAGUCUUAAGGAUAGUGAUUUUGUGGCGGGAACUCUAUUUUUACAGCUAUCUUUGGCUCUUAGUGUUGACUCAACAAACAGAUCAUAUCAAAUGGAUAAUUGUAACUACAGUGCACAUUUUAUACAGAAAUUCGGAAGAUUUUACUGUGUCUUAUAAUUCUCCAUUUGCUUGCUU